AAACGCAAGUGAUUUGUCAAAGAAUCACCUACACAUCGUAUAUUUCUUUGGUUUAAUCCCUUCGUUCUACAAUCUGUUCCAAGCAGACAAGUGGUGUCUGACAAGUCGUUCAGUCGUGUGAAAAUUAAGUGUUCUUAACACUCGCCAAAUUUGUGUACUUAUUUAAGUUAUCCCAUUUGCCUAAAUGCCAGUGAUGAAUAACAUGGAAGAAUUGUGCUCUAUACUCGCGAAAACGCGUGAUCCAUCAGCGCAAAAAGAACAAGAUGAGAUUCUGUUGCAGCCGUUCGCUUACAUACAACAAAUACCAGGCAAACAAUUUCGCUCCGAAUUGGCCUUGGCAUUCAAUCAUUGGCUAAAUAUUCCGGCUGAGAAACUUCACCAGAUUGGCGAAAUUGUGCAAAUGCUGCACAAUUCCAGUUUAUUAAUUGAUGAUAUUGAAGACAAUUCAAUACUUCGCAGAGGUGUUCCCGUAGCCCACUCUAUUUACGGUGUACCCAGCACCAUCAAUGCGGCGAAUUAUGUGCUCUUUCUUUCACUGCAAAAGGUGCAACAGUUGGGCCAUCCAGAGGCUACCAAUGUCUACACCGAACAACUGUUGGAACUGCAUCGUGGUCAAGGCAUGGAAAUCUAUUGGCGCGAUAAUUUCACUUGCCCCUCCGAAUCGGAUUACAAGCUAAUGACCAUACGCAAGACGGGCGGCCUCUUCAUGUUGGCCAUACGUUUGAUGCAACUGUUCAGCGAGAAUAAGGAGGAUUUCACGAAGUUGACCGCCAUACUUGGCUUGUAUUUUCAAAUACGCGAUGAUUACUGCAAUCUCAGCUUGAAGGAGUAUACGCAAAAUAAAAGCUUCGCUGAGGACUUGACCGAGGGAAAAUUUGGUUUUCCCGUUAUACAUGCCGUACGUUCGCAGAAGCACGAUAAGCAGGUUUUGCAUAUUCUGCGUCAACGCACUCAGGACAUAGAAGUUAAGAAAUACUGCAUUGGUUUGCUUGAGAAAUUAGGCAGCUUUCAAUAUACGCGCGAAGUAUUGGAAUCGCUCGACAAAGAAGCGAGAGCUGAGGUCGCACGUUUGGGUAGUAAUCCCUACAUGGAUAUGUUACUGAACAAAUUGUUGUCAUGGAAAGCAAAUGAGAACCACACCAAUCACAAUGAUAUUGCUACGUCGAGCAAUCAUAAUAGCAAUUAACAACCAAAGAGGCAAAAGAGGGAAACUUGAAUUGACGCAAGCGUUAAUUCCACAACCUCUUUUGCUGUUAAAAGCGAAAUGAAUCUGAUCGAAGUUUUCUUGCAAAAACUCAAUAUUUUUUAAACUAUUCAACAAGCGCCUAUUCAAGCCUAAAUUAAAUGUUAAUUUGAAAUUAUCAUAUUUACACAAACAAA